AUGAUUGAUGGUUAUAAUCAGCACGGUUCACAUGUUGAAUCUCUAGAAAUGUUCUCAAAGUUGCUCAGGGAAUCUCAAUUAAAGCCUGAUAGAUACACUCCAGCUAGUUUGUUGUUUUCUUGUACAAAUCUCGAGGAGCUAAAAUUCGAGAAGCAAAUACAUGCCAAUAUCAUUAAAAGCGAAUAUAAUACUUUUUGGUCAGUAGGGAAUGCGUUGUUCUACAUGUACUCAAAGGGUGGCAGUGUUAAAAUAGCAAAGAAGUUAUUAGAGCAAUUUGGAACUUCCAUUUUAAAUGUUAUAGCAUUUACAACCUUAUUAGAUAACUACAUCGAGCUUGGGAAUCAAAAUCCUGCCAGACAGGUUUUUGAUUUAUUAAAGGAUCCUAAUGUAGUUUCAUGGAGAGCUAUGGUUGUUGACUAUGUACAGAAUGGCAUGAACUAG